AUGGAUAGUAAUCUUCAAUGUCGAAACCCCCCGAAGUCCUCACGGUUGCAUGAGGCAUCAUCUGUUACUCAUAACGUUCAUAUCACACAAUCCAAUCAAGCUUAUUCACUAUCUAGUGUUCUUCCUAGUGGCACGGUAAAGAAUAUACCUGUGCAUCCCUUGUCAACUAAAAAGAUUUUCUCGACUGCAAGACAAGAACGUCGAAGUAACUACGCUCAAUUGACACGGCCUUGGCGUGCCAAUCUCUCAACUUCCCCUCGGAAGCGAAACACUGCCAGUUUUCGAUCAGUAUCUGCUCGUCGGCAUGUUGCUAAUGUAGCGCGACCCCGUAGUCAUUUAAUUGGUGCUUGUAGUGAUGCAUCACUAGCUGACAGUAAGCAGCUGAAUAUUUCAUGUGCUCGAUCAAUAAUUCCAGAAAACGUAUUUAGUAAAAAAGCCUCAAACAAUGAUGUUGAUAAUUGUUGUGAUAAUAGUCAAUCCUAUUCCAUCACGAAUCUUACUGGUGUACAUCAGAAAAUUCCUAAAAUGGAGCGUCCAGAAUCUCACCCUUUACGUCUAGUUAUUCGUUUGGGUAAGCCUGUGAAUGGAUCGAAGGAUGAACUUGUUUGUCAAUCUGUAGUUUCUCCAUUAAAUGUCCAAGUACCUUCUGAUAUGUCUUCUAAUUCUUCUCAAGCUUCAAAUGACGUAGAUCAUCUAGAUGAAAAUGCAAGUCUUUCCAUAUUACCAGAGGAGUUUAAUGUUAAAAACGACAGUUCUGUUCAGGAAUUAACUGGGUUUUGUGUUGCAAGCGAGGCAGAAACUUUUAUGGAUCCUAAUCAGUUUCAAAUUCAUAGAAUCCUGAACCGAGCUCUUCCAAUGAGUUCUGGGCUUGUUGGUUUGUACAUACCGUCACCUAGCGAAGAUGACGAUAAUGGAGAUGGUUGUGGUAUGGUUGAGAAAGUGUUUGAUUCUGAACAUCGGUUACGAAUGACAGAUCAAUCAUUUCAUUUUUCUCAAGUUUGUCAUGAAAACGCAACCCCUGUUGCUCCUCAAAUUGGAUGUACUGCUGGUUUGUCAAGCAGAAAGAAAAUAAAGCCUUUAAAAGGUCACAGAAGUAACAAAAGAGAUAUUAAAAGUACUCGAUACCGAUGUGGAAGACUUAAAAAUACUUCGACCGAUGAACGCAACUUGGAUCAUUCAUCGAGAUUGCGUGCUCAAUGCAUAAAGAGUUUUGAAAAGCAUAGUGUUUUAGACAUCAACACUGAUCUUGACUUCCUUCAUGGUCAACCUCUAACAUGUGCCUAGCAGCUUAAUUAUUCGUUCAACAAACGUUUCAAAAUCCAACUUGACUGUGAUCAAAUCUGUAAUUUUUUCGAAUUCACUCAUUCCUCCCCUGAAGCAAUGAAUCCUGC